AUGGAAAUGACCAAGAUUGCUGCACCGCUCGUCCCCCGUGGGUCCCGUGGCCUCCCGCUUACUGUUCUCAUCAAGUUGAAUACUGUGUUGAGAAAAACAAUAUUCUCCAGAAAGUUCUAUCUGGAAAUCACAACCAAGGUGUUAUCCAGCACCGCCACCAUGGACGCAAACCUAUACUUCAUUUGCUACUUCACUCUUUUGUUGAGUUCGAUCUUGAACAACAAGCACGAGAUCAGGAAGUUCUUGCUCAACCAAAGAGCUAAUUUGAUCAACCUUAUCAAUAAAGUAUCUAUCAAGACUUUGGACAAAACCUUGAUCGCUAAAAGAGACGUUGUCGAAAAGGACAUCAAUGAUGAGAAGGCUGCUGGUGCAGACGCUCAGGAAGCUGCUGUGCCAAAGUCCAACUUGGCUGUGCACUUGAAGGCCAUUUCCUCCUACAUUGCAGACGUCAGAAUCUUCAACCGUUUGACCGACUCAAUCAAGUACGUUCCAUGGAUUGUAGAUGAGUUUGCUGCGUUGAUGAAUCCAGCACUGACUGUGCCAAGGUUGGAUCGUGCAGUUAACUUUGCUCAGUCGCUCAACUGUCUCGUGUUGGAGUUGCUUGAAAACGCUGGUUGGUUGACUGAACACAACUGGGUAGGCACCAAUGAUAACAACUACUGGUGCAUUGAGACGUACAUCUGGUGUUGCAGAGUGUGGGGUGCAUACAUCAUCAUCGAGAUCGUGGAGAUGUUCAGGAGAACUCCCCGGUCUAAAUGGGACAAGAACUGGAAAAUCAACUUAUUUAAACAGGUGAUCCAGGUGCCAUUGGUUGUACACUGGUCUUUGUACGACGGCUGUUUAUCACCUUUCUGGGUUGGCGUUUGCGGAAGUGGAGCUUCCUGGCACGCAUUCAAAGACUUGUGGCUGUCCAUAGACUUGAGCUAG